AUGUCUCAAGCACCAUCACUGGACGGCAAACUGAUUCUCAUCGCCAACGUCAACAUUGUUCCUGACCAUUACAAUGAUUGGCAAGCAGCAUACGACAAGCUCGCAAGUCAUGUCUUCCCCAACGAGCCUAACACCAUAACAUACUACUUUGGCCUACCGCUCGAAUACGCCGACAACCCAUGCAGGACACCCUACAUGUUUGCUUUCGAGAUAUACUCUUCGCGGACGGAUCUAUACGAUGUACAUUUGAAGUCCAAGAUAAUGAUCGAAACCUUCCUUCCAGCCGCCCUUCCCGUCAUGACAACAGGUCUCGACCUCAGGCACUUCGAAGUCGUUGGCGGCUUCCUUGAUCGUAGCGGGCAGAGGAAAGAGUGUGGCAUCAUGCAAGAGACACAAAUCGGAUGUGUAGACACCACAGCGAGAGCCGAAGUCAUCGGGGCUUUGAAGAUGUUGUGUCGGGCGGCCGGAGAAGAGGAGGACGUUUUUACCUUCUUGGGGUUGCGGGGCCAAGACGACGAGAUUUCACUCGCUCUUUCUGUCAAGUCCAAGAUGGUCAAAGUAAGAAAUCCGGUUCUGCUGGCUGCAGCAUUCACCGCCUGCGCUGCAGCACAACAACUCUCAGAACCGCUCGCGUACGCCAACAUCACAUCCGUUCUCGAUACGAUUCUUGCCCGGGGUUACAUCAAUGUCGGCACAACGGGCGACUACAAGCCCUUCACCUACCUCGUCACAAACCAAACCACUCUCCCCAACACGACCGCCAUCAACACAACGUACAUCGGCGCCGACAUCGAUGCCGCUCAGUCCUUAUCAAAUGCCCUCGGUCUUCCCAACCCACCCCGUCUCGUGAAGACGAUAUGGGCGAACAUCACAUCCGACCUGGUUGCCGGCAAAUUCGACAUCGCGAUGGGCGGGGUCAGCCUGACUCUCGCGAGGGCUAGAACGGUCUUCUUUUCGACAGCCAUCCAGCGAGUUGGAAAGACCGCGUGCAUCCGCUGCGCUGAUGCGAGCAAGUACACCGACCUCGCAUCGUUGGAUCAGCCAGGCGUCAAGGUUGCCGUCAACCCGGGAGGCACGAACGAAGCUUUUGACCGCGCGAAUCUGAAGUCUGCCGAGAUCGUCCUGGUGGAGGAUAACAACGCUGUUUAUCAAGCCGUCUUGGAUGGCACGGCAGAUGCCAUGAUUUCCGACCUCAUUGAGGUCGAGUUACAGGUGAAGCUUCAUGAAGGCGAGCUCUGCAUCGCCAACCCAGAUGCGCCAUUCAACUUUGAGGAACUUGGAUACGCUGUUUCAAGAGAUAUCGUAUGGAAGCAAUUCGUGGAUACGUGGGUUCACGUUCAGCUUGGCAGCGGUGCUUGGAACACGACGUUGGACAAGUGGUUGAAUUACAAGUGGCCGAGCGUGUAG